AGAAUGAGGAGAGUGGGUAGUGGCACUCUCCUCAUUCUAUGAAAGGACUGUUGCAUUUGUUAAACGUUCGGAAGCUGACCGCAGUUAUGCCCGGCACGACUGAUGUGUUCAUAGCCGAGUAAAAUCGGUCGGUUUCAUAGGUUUUUUGAUAGGGCCAUUGUUGUGAGACCAUCAUACCGUUUAUAUGAACUCAUUAAGCAGGUCGUGUGUCAUUGCACACUAAUUGUCGGUUUAUUAUUAAUAAAUUAGCAAAGCGAAAGCAAAUAUUUGAAUAAUUUUUGUGGUGUUACUUCCAUGUGAAUAUUGCGAGCUAUUGAAAAAAAAAAAAAAACAAAAAAUAAUAAUAAAAAAAAUACAAAUAAAUAAUUAAACCGAAGAAAACAUUUAUAACGCCUAAUUUGAAGUGAUUCCUAAGAAAUAAAAAUGAAAGUUGUUUCCUUGUUGCUUUUUUUGGGAGCUUUCAUUGGUGUUGGUAAACCGCAGCCAGAAGACUGUAAUAAACCGAACUAUCAAUGCGCGGGAAAACACAAACUUCCAAUAAAUGCAUUUCAUUUUGAUGUCUUAGGCAAAACCUUCGUGGAUCUGAAAUUUAGGCAUUUUGAUAAGAUGCCGCAGAACGCCGUAAUGACAAACAAGGGUUACUAUAUCGUUCUGGAUUUAACAUACGAUGGCGCUCCACCGUUAAUAUCCGAUGGUCCUCUUAAAGAAAAUGAAGUCUACGAACUGGAUCAAAUUCGUUUUGAAUGGGACAGGACCACAGGUGUCAAUGACACAGCCAUAAGGCCAAUGGAGAUGCACAUCCUGUUUCGAAACACAAAAAAGAAAGAUUUUGAUGAGGCUUCGCACGCCGAUAAUGGACUAGCUGCAUUGGCCUUUUUCUUUGCGAUGGGAAAUGAUUUCUAUGCGGGAUAUGGAAUUUUGGCAAAAUUUUUGAAAGAAAUCAAAACGCCAAAUACAUCGACAGCAGUACCACCUAUGCCGUUAAUCCACAUGAUGCCAAAAGCCAUAGUUUCCUACUACCACUAUUCCGGCACUUUAUUGGCUCCACCCUGUUCGAGCAGUGUUAUAUGGAUGGAUUUUCCUACGCCCAUCGAUCUGCCGUUGUCUUUGGCUAUUCUAUUCAAUGGGCUCUAUACACCACACCCUUACACCAACGAUAAAAGGCCGGCUACUGGUCAACUUGGCUCUGUCAUAAAUUUUGUCGCCGAAGUCAACUCCGUACCGGAUGGCAGUAUUGCAAUCGAUGAUUGGAAUGGGAACGUCAAACAUACAUUGAUCUCGCUUCCCCUUCUAUUGUUUUGUAUUUAUAUGUUAAAUGUAUACAUUUAAAUUAGACAUUAGAUGUUGUGUUGACAUAAAUUACACUGUGCUACAACACUGACAUAUGAUAAAAAUAACCAUAACCUUGUGGGUGUACACCCACAUAACAGAUAUGUGAACCCAUUUUCGUGCAGGUAAAUUUGAUAAAAUACUGUGCUGGAUGCUGGAUUAAUUGAAAUGAGGCUGUCUUGAAAUAAUUGUGCCACGAACAUUAUUAUAUCCUAUACAAAUAUUGUUAUAUAUGUAAUAAUAUAGUCUUUAUAAACAUUAGGGUUAUGACUUUUUGAAAGAAUGAAUUUUUACACACUUAUAUCCAUGGUAUAAUUAUUAGAAUGUGGAAGCAAACCUACAGCCAAUGCAAUUCCACUACAACCACACAGAUGUGUGUUAUUGAAAUGAAGCUAGUGUCAUAGAUAGGCGUCCAAAAAUUAUAAAUGAAUUAUUUUAAUUUUAAAAAAUAUUUAAAUUUUUAUACUCUACACCACAUAGUGGUAAGGGUAUUAUGUCUUUGUGCAUUUGUUUGCAACAUGGAGAAGAAAACGAGAUAGUCCCAUAGUUCCUUUUGGUGAUCAGCAUAGAAUCACAUUUUGAGUCGAUUUAUGCAUGUCCGUCCGUCUGUCUGUCCAUGUAUUUUUGUAAACAAAAUGCAGGUUGCAUUUAUUAUUCAAUUGAGAUGAAAUUUUCUAAAUAAAAUUUGUUUGGUUCAAGGACGAACCCUAUUGAAAUUGGUGAAAAUCGGUCCAAAUUUAGAUAUAGCUCCCAUAAAUAUCUUCAUUUUAGGUUUCUUGUGCACCAAAUGGCUAAUAUAUGUCCAAAUGGUGGGAAUUUUGCUACACCCGACCGAAUUCAGCCUAAAAGCAUGUGCUUCAAAUUUGGUGAAAGUCGGUUGAGGUAUAGCUACAGCUCCCAUAUAUAUCUUCAUCCGAUUUUAGGUUUCUUCUGCACCAAAUGGCUAAUAGCAGUUCAAAUGGUGUGAAUUUUGCUACAUCUGACCGAAUUCAGCCUACAAACAUGUGCUUCAAAUUUGGUGGAUAUCAGUUCAGAUAUAGCUAUAGCUCCCAUAUAUGUUUCAUCCGAUUUUGGUGUUUAAGUCCCUCACAUUCGUAAUAUAAACCCUACAAAAUGAUAUUUAUUUAUUUAUUUUACACCAGAUAUCAGAUACCACCUAGCAAUUCAUGAUUCAAAUUUUAUCAAGAUCGGUUCCGAUUUGGAUAUAGCUCCCAUAUCUUCAUCCGAUUUUUGGUUUCUUGUGCACCAUAUGGCUAAUAUCAAUACAAAUGGUGUGAAUUUUGGCACUUCAGAUCGAAUUUAGUAUAGAAAUAAGUACUUCUAAUUUGGUGAACGAUACAAGAAUAAUAUUUGGUACAAGAUAUCAGAUGCAGCCAAGAAAUGGCUGUUUUCAAUUUUAUGAAGAUCGGCUCAGAUUUGGAAAUAGCCUCCAUAUAUAUGAUAAUUCGAUUUCAUAUAUAUAUAUAUAUAUACCAAAUAGCUAAUAUUAGCACAAAAAAAUAUCCCCUCUAUGGAUAUUUGCCAUAUUAACAAUUUUGCUGGUU